AUGUCAAUUAUUAAACAACUCAGAGAAAUAAUCCAGCAUAAUCAGAAUCGGAUCGAUGGCCUUCGACGACAGGUCACUGAAAUGCGUUCAUUCAUGCGAGCCGGUUCAUCAGCAGCAGCUGUGGAGCGUCCUGUUGACUUAUCAUCACCACCGUUAAUCAGUUCAGACCUAAGCAUCACAACAAUAACAUCACCGCUAAUUGAAGUUGGCUCAACAAUUGCGAUACAUUUAAAACCAGCUGAUUUUCCUAAAUUCACUGGGAAAGAAAGCGAAGAUAUCGACGAAUGGAUCGCACAAGUGACAUACUCACCCUUGACAAGGAAGCUGAAAUAUUUAAUGAAGAUAGGUCUCUAUCAAAUCCACCCACAGUAA